AUGUAUACUUCUGGUGUUGACGGUAUAAGAAGAGAGUUCAAUGUUUCGACACAAAUAGUUCUUCUUGGCCUGACCACAAAUCUUUUUGGUCUCGCGUUGGGAUCGGUUGUUUUGUCGUCCCUCUCGGAGACCUAUGGCCGCCUGCACAUAUACAUCAUUUCUGUCCUUCUGUUCGCCCUCCUCAUAUUGCCCGUCGCCUUGGCAGAGAAUAUCGAAACCAUUCUGAUCGGUCGAUUCUUCGGAGGCUUCUUCGGUGGAACUAUGAUCGCCAGUGCCCCAGGAAGUGUUACCGAUGUGACGGAUGACCAAUAUCGAGCAUUGGCACUGAGCUUUUGGAGUCUUGGAACCAUGAAUGGGCCUGUUCUUGGCCCCAUUAUUGGUGGCUUCAUUUGUCAGUACCUUGGCUGGCGUUGGAUCGAUUGGGUAGUCUUGAUUUGCAGUGGAAUUUCCCUCAGCUUGAUGAUUUUAGUCAAGGAAACAUACGCUCCGGCUCUUCUUCGCAACCGCACAAGAGAAAAACAACGGGCAACGGGGGACCGCCGAUGGUGGUGCCGGUUUGAUCACCGGGAGACUGGCCUACAAGUUUUGAAGACUAAUUUGGAUAUUGUGGUAUUGGCACAGGAACGACCAUCGCCGUUUUACUUGAGCCCCUCAUCAGAAGAAUCAUCGAUCUACAUCCCCGAGAUCUAA